CAGCUGUGACCCUGGGACUGCAGCUGGACUCUUUAUAAGAGCUCCUGUAAAUACUUCUGGGCAGCAGAGAACGGACAUUGACUUACAGAGCACUGGAUGAAGCUGAGAAUGACGACUCAUGCUUGCGUUACUCUCCAACUGGUUCUUCUUGCAAUCAUCGCAACGCCAUCGGUUCUUACGGUAAAUGGGGACCUUGUCAAGAUUCACAGCCUUCAUGUUGACUCGCUGAUCACCUCCCGCUUUGCCCGAAACGUCAUCACAAGCAGCGUCUCAAACCUGGCAAAUGAGUCUAAAGAAAUCUUCUUUGAGGUUGAACUUCCUAAAUCUGCAUUUAUUAGCAACUUCAGCAUGACCAUAGAUGGGAAGACAUACGUUGGAGUGGUGAAAGAAAAGAAUGUAGCAGAGAAAGUGUACAAAAAAGCAGUGUCCCGUGGACAAAGUGCUGGAAUUGUGAGGGCCUCAGGAAGACUUUUGGAGAGAUUCAAGGUGUCAGUUACUGUGGCCGCCCAAAACAAGGUCAAUUUCCAGCUGAUUUAUGAAGAGUUGCUGAUAAGAAAGUUUGGUCAAUACCAGCUUCUCCUGAAGAUUCAACCAAAGCAGCUGGUGGAGGACUUCCAGAUUGAAGUCACCAUUAAUGAGACUCGGAACAUAAGUCUCCUGGAUGCUGAGGGGACGUUUCUCAGCAAUGAACUGAUUCAAAAGGUUGAAAAGUCCUAUUCUGGCAAUACAGGACGUGUUUUAUUUAAACCAUCUUUGGAAGCGCAGCGUUCCUGUGCCGGGUGCCAGACCACCGUGUUGGAUGGUGAAUUUGUUGUGAAAUACGAUGUUGAUAGGUCACAAAAUGUGGGCGACAUCCAGGUCAUCAAUGGCUACUUUGUACAUUUCUUUGCACCUGAAAAUUUGCCUCAAAUCUCCAAAAGAGUCGUUUUUGUUAUUGAUGUGAGCUCAUCCAUGCACGGUCAGAAGAUCAUACAGACCAGGGAAGCUCUGCUGAAGAUAGCUGAUGACCUUCAUCCAGAAGACUAUUUCAACCUAGUGAUAUUUAGCUCUGAUGCUACCGCUUGGAAGAACACUCUGAUCAAGGCUGACGCCACCAAUGUAGCAGAAGCCAAACAGUACAUCAGGAACCUUUAUCCUACAGGGUGGACCAAUCUGAAUGCGGCUUUACUACAUGCGGUUGGACUUCUGAUGCAGCCAAAUGUCAACCAAGGGACCCUGAGUGACGGAGCCCCAAUGAUAAUAUUGCUUACUGAUGGCGCACCAACUAAAGGAGUAACACAACCAGAAGUGAUCAAGGCUAAUGUAAAGCAAGCUAUCAAUGGGCGCCUGUCCCUUUACUGCCUGGGCUUUGGAUAUGACCUGAAUUACAAUCUCCUGCAAACUCUCGCCUUGGAGAAUGGAGGGGUCGCACGCAGGAUCUACGAGGAUUCAGAUGCUGAACUUCAACUACAGGGCUUCUAUAACGAGGUGGCACAGCCUUUACUGAAAGGGGUACAAGUGCAAUACCCAGAAAAUGCAGUUUCCAAUCUCACCAGGAACUCCUUCGAGCACUAUUUUGGGGGUUCAGAAAUUGUGGUGGCUGGAAAGAUCUCCAGCAAUGAUCUGACUUCCCUCACCUCGGAAAUAAGUGCCAAAGGGACACAAGAUCAUCUUACUUUUAAUACGAGUGGUCUUGUCACAGAGCAGCAGGGGUACAUUUUUGGAGAAUAUAUUGAACGUCUCUGGGCUUAUCUGACAAUCCAACAGAUAAUGGAAAAACAGGUUUUGGCUACAGGUGAACACAAGGAGCUCCUUAAAAACCAAACCUUGGCUCUCUCCUUGAAAUACAAUUUCGUUACCCCGCUCACAUCCAUGGUGGUCACCAAACCAGAAGAAAAUAAAGCUGCAGCUGAGGUGGCUGAGAAGUCAUCUGUUGAUAAAGAUAAGGAUGACAGCAGCUCACAAGUAUCCGCUCAGCAGAGCACACCAACACAGAGCUUUGUUCAACAAAGGGUGCCACCUCGGAGCUUUGUUCAACAAAGGGUGCCACCCCGGAGCUUUGUUCAACAGAGGGUGCCACCCCGGAGCUUUGUUGAUGGAGACCCUCACUUCAUUGUCAGACCCCCUGGGAGCAAUGAGACGAUUUGCUUCAAUGUGCAGAUGAAUUCUGGAAUUGUUCUAAAUCUUGUGGAGGAUCCGAUUACAGGAAUCACAAUCAAUGGAGAGCUCAUUGGAAAAUACAAAGAUGGCAGCACGGACUCUGCAGGCCGCACAUAUAUUGGUAGACUGGGGCUACGGAGCCACAAGACAGGGGUAAAUAUGGAAAUUACCCCUAAAAGUAUUAUCAUUAGUAGCAAAGAACACAAAAGUGUCUUCACGUGGACAAAGACCAGGACUGAAACACAUGAGGGGCUAAUGCUGAGCAUCCUGGAAGGGGGACGUUUGACAGUAACCAUCAAUGAAAUGGCCACUUUUAUCAUUGUCCUUCAUCAUCCCCUGAAGAAAAACUCUAAGCUGACAGAUUACUUAGGACUGUACACGGAGGACAAACAUCUCCUAUCCAAAAGCACCAGAGGGAUUCUGGGUCAGUUUUACCAGGCUCUGCCCAUGGAGAUCUCUGAAUUAGGGAACAAUAAGACGCAAGCUAUGUUAUCUGUCAGAGGGAUCCAGCUGAAGGCCGUUGGACAAUGGCGAAAAGACUUUCACUGGAGCUCCCUGCACUGGUUGGACACUUUCUGUUGGUUUGUGCCGGAUAAAAGAAUAUGGUUGAUGGAUGGGCAGGAGGAGGACUAUGUUGUAUCAGGAUUGUACAAAUCUCCAACACACACCAGAGUCCGCAAGUAACGAAGAAUCUUAAAAAGAAGAAACAAAGGAACUGAUCUGCUGAUUCAGGGAUUUUUCCACUGACAUUUAAAGCAAGCAGAAUAUCAGAGCAUAGCAGUAGUUACUGUGUGUGACUGCUACAAUAUAUUAAGGGGUUACACAGAACUGUAUUGAUGACUCCCACAAAGAAUAAGGAGGGGAUGAAGAGAGAAAUGUUUUGUGGCAGAAGUUACUUUGUGUGCUGAAAUAAAUGCUAUUAGUUUAUCUAAGCAAUUCACUAGCUGGCUGGUGCAAUUAAGAGAUGGAUCACCCUUUUAAAGGGACAUGAAACACAACAUUUCCUUUCAUGAUUUAGACAGAGGAUACAGUUUUUUAAUAAAAGUUUCAAAUGUAUUUCUAUUAUUAAAUUUGUUUCAAUCUCAUGUUAUUCUUUGUUGAAAAGAUAUCCAGAUAGGUAGUGGGCACAUCUGGAGCACUGCAUAGCAGGAAAUAGUGCUGCCCAUUUAGUGCUCUUGCUAAUGUAUUACAUUCUUGCAAAAGUGCUGCAGACUCAUGCACACUCAUUAGCUUUUCAACAAAGGAUACCAAGAAAGUUGUUUAAAAUUGCAUGCUGUAUUUGAAUGAUGAAUAAAAAAUUGGCGUUUUAUAUCCCUUUAAAGGGGGCACAAACAAUGCCCUUCUAUAAUGGAUGAUUAACACUGACAGCGUGGUACAGUGUACUGCAGUCUAACACAAAUUCAUAUCUAAAAAUGUCAAAGCCUUCAAAAUAGGACGAUUAAAUGAUUUGUGUUUUUCAAAUAUUUAGAUUUAAUUGUAGGGGAAUCUGCUGACCGUAAAUGCUAUUUUUUUUUUUUUUUAAAGAAGUUUGAUUUAUCUACCUGUGAAUGUUUUACAUUUCAAUAUUACGCAUGUAAUAAAUUAUAGGAUUAAAUAAUAA